AUGAAUAAUUUAGAAAAAAUAAAAAAAAAACGUGCUUCAGUUAGAGCUGGAGUCUCACGCAUUAUAUCAAAGGUUGAGCCUUUAAUUAAACAAGAUCCCAAUUUGAAUGAAAUUGACCAGUUGAAUGAGCUUUACCAGUUACUGGAAGACAAAGGUAACACUCUUAAAGAUCUAGACGCAGAAAUUGAUGCUCUAAUUGUUGUGGAGAAGGACUAUGAGGAGGAACUCAUAUCAUGUGAGGAAUAUAACGAUAGAAUUCUUUCGUAUAAAUUUAAAAUUAAGAACUGUAUUCGUAGACAUGGAAAUAAUGUAAAUUCUGUAAAUGAAAGUAGCUCUGCGAGUAGUGUUAGUUCUAACACGACUACUCAUACAAAUAUAAAAUUACCGAAGUUAAACAUAGAAAAGUUUAAUGGUGACACAUGUUUGUGGCUGGAAUUUUUCAACGUUUAUGAAAGCGCUAUACAUUUAAAUCCAACGUUAAACAAAUUAGAAAAGUUCAGCUACUUAAAGACUCUUUUGUCUGGCCCUGCAUUCAAUUGUGUUUCCGGGUUUGCUUUGAAUGAAAGCAAUUACGAUGCUUGCAUAAAUAUAUUGAAAGACCGUUAUGGUAGAAAAGACUUAAUAAUUAACAGCCACAUGAACAAACUUUUGAAUUUGGAGCCAGUCAGAAGCUCCUCAAACAUCCUAGGGCUCCGAAAUCUUUACGAUCAGUUACUAAUCAAUAUUAGAAAUCUAGAUUCUUUAAAUGUUGCGAGUGGCAGUUAUGGCCACCUAUUGAACCCUAUUGUACUGAAAUUAUUGCCCGAGGAUUUAACUCUAGAAUUCCACAGAAAGCGAGCCUCUAAGGAAAAUUUUGAAGUUACAGAAUUAAUAGAUUUUAUCAAAAAUGAAGUGGAGUGUCGGGAAACCGCCAAGUUGAUCAAAGGAGAAGAAAAUAUUAAAACGAGGGAAAUCGCGAACCCUCAGUACAAUACUUAUAAAAGUAGAAACAGUAGAACUAAAAAUAUUUCGUCGUUUAACACUGCAGUAAAAAUCUUUUGCAUUUUUUGCAACUCUGAUAGCCAUCCGACUUCACAAUGCUUGAAUUUUACGGAUGAACAGAAAAGGCGAAAGAUAAGGAAAGAAUCUCGAUGCUUCAAAUGCUUUAGAAAUUCGCACAUAGCUUCGGCAUGCCGUUCAAAGAUACAGCCCUGCGAAAUUUGUGAAAGUACUGACCAUGACAAAUUGUUCUGCAGCACAACAAUAAACCCUGUGUUAGUAAAUACUUCGGAAAAUCAAACCCUUGUGUCUACUUCACAGUGUAAUGUUUCUCAGAAAAGAGUUCUGCUACAAACAUGUAUAGUUAAUGCAACGUCAAGUUUUCGAUCAAAACUAACACGCAUUUUACUUGAUUGCGGAAGUGAAAAAAGUUUUAUUACUAAACGUUUUGCGGAUGAGCUAAAAUUACGCUCCAUUCGGAAGGAAAAGCUAAAAAUCUAUUCUUUCGGAAAUAGUUUAGGUAGCGAAGAAAUAUGCGAUGUCUUUAGAAUGAAGUUAGUCAACAACGCGAACCCCCAGCAAAGCAUUACGGUGGAAGUUCUAGGAACUGAUGUCAUAUCAGGAACGUCUGUUUUGUCGCCGCUUGAGGCAGAAGACGUCACUGGAUUUAUGACCAGCCGAGGCUGGUCCCUGUCAGAUUCGACGGACCCCUCUCUGAAACACGUGAAUGUGCUGCUUGGCGCUGACUAUUUUUGGAAGCUACAAUUGCCGGGGGUGAUGAAGAUCAGCGAAAGCCUUUUUGUGUGUCCAACGAUAUUCGGUUUAACUGUGGUGGGACAAGUUGACGGUUGUUCCCCUCAAACCCAGCACAAUGCUCUUCAUAUUAGUACGGAAGGAAAAACCGAUUUUGACUUGCAAUCGUUUUGGAAGUUAGAGUCGAUCGGCAUAAUAGACGAAAAUAAUGAAUUGUCCAUAAGUGAUUCGGAAAUUAUAGAGUCAUUUAGAGAAUCUUUGAAAUAUUCGAAGGGAAGAUACGUCACGAAACUUCAGUGGAAAAUGGACAAUAUUGAUCUAAAGGAUAAUUUCUCCGUAGCUAGAAGGCGUUUUUUGGGGUUAAAAAAUAAAUUGAAAAGAGACGAAACCUUGCUUAGUGAAUAUAAAAAUAUAAUCACGGAACAAAUUAAAAGCGGGAUUGUUGAACCUUGUAAAUAUAAAGAAAAUGGACAUAGUUAUUACAUGCCUCACAGGCCGGUAAUAAGAUCGGACAAAGAAACAACUAAAAUAAGAAUCGUGUUUGAUGCAUCAUCGAAAGAUAAAGAUCAUAAAUCAUUGAAUGAAUGUUUGAUAUCAGGACCUAAUUUAAAUCCGAACAUUCUAGAUUUAAUUUUGCGGUUUCGCAUUCACAAGAUUGCUUUCAGCGCAGAUAUAGAAAAGGCGUUCCAUCAAAUUGUAAUUUCUGAGGAGGAUAGAGAUUUUCUUCGAUUUUUUUGGUUUGACAGUUUGGACGGCGAAAAUAGUUAUGAGCUCUUGCGCAUGUCACGUGUGACGUUUGGCGUCACAUCGAGUUCAUUUAUUCUUUCAGCCACUCUUAAAUAUCACAUUGAGAAGUACAAGGAAAAGUAUGCGGAAGUUUUUAAUAUGUUAGACACUUCAUUGUACGUAGAUGAUCUAUUUUAUGGAGCUGACAGUGAUGAUCAAGCCUUUUCAUUAUCUAGUACUGCAGUUGAAAUAUUAAAGGACGCUGGAAUGAAACUUAGGAAAUUUAAGACAAAUUCUUCUAGUUUGAAAAAUUUAUGGGAAAAACAUGGAGUAUUUAAUGAGGAUGAAAAUGUAAAUAGUUCCUUAAAGGUUUUAGGAGUACGUUGGGACACGGAUCAAGAUAAUUUGCAAAUCGACGCUAAACCACUUUUAGACUCAAUACAGAACUUAAGGACAACAAAAAGAAGCGUAUUACAAAUGGCGGCAAAGGUAUACGAUCCAGCCGGUUUUAUUUCCCCUUUCGUAAUUCGUAUUAAAAUUUUGAUGCAAGAGUUAUGGGAACUUGGAAUCGAUUGGGAUGAGAAAUUGCCCUUUGAUUUAGAAAAUAAAUUCAAUCAAUGGUGCUCAGAAAUUGAAGACUUGUUAGCGGUGAAUAUUCCGCGGUUAUAUCCCGUAAUGGAUAAAAUUACAAAUUUUGAAGAUCUUCAAAUUUUCGUAUUUUGCGAUGCAAGUCUCAGAGGAUAUGGAGCAGUGUCCUAUUUUAGGGAUCCAGAAUCUGGAUCAACCUCCCUCAUAUUAUCGAAGAGUCGUGUAUCUCCUCUAAAAAGGAUAACUUUGCCACGUUUGGAGCUUAUGGGUGCAAUUCUAUCGUCGAGAAUAGUAAAAUAUUUGAAGGGAGUAUUCGGAGUUCCAGAUAGAAAUAUAUUUUGCUUUAGUGAUUCGCAAAUAGUUCUACAUUGGAUUAAGGGCUCCGCAAAUAACUGGAAACCUUUCGUUGCUAAUAGGGUGCGUGAAAUACAGGAUGUUGUUGCGCCUUCCCAGUGGGGGUUCUGCAAAGGUGAAGAAAAUCCAGCUGAUUUGGUGUCGCGUGGAUGCAAGGCUGCACAGCUUCAGAAUAACGAAUUUUGGUUUCAUGGACCAAAAUGGAUGCGAGAGGUGAAUUUAAACUUAACCGAACCAGAAAAAAUAUCAGAAGCAAUGACAGAUGAUAUACUCAAAGAGCAACGAAAGGUAGUUGUAAAUGUGGUGCAUCAGCAACCCGAAUUCGACCUACUAAGCAAAUUUUCAUCCUGGACAAAAUUGAAACGAGUCGUAGCAUAUUGUCUUAGAUUCGCACAUAACACCCGGUCGCCUUCGUCAAGAUUGAGUGGAUUUUUGUCAAUCCAUGAAUUGGAGAAUGCAACUAAAAUAAUUACAAAGAUAGUUCAAGAAAGAAGUUUUGAAGAGGAAAUUAAAUGUCUAAAAGGGCGAAGGCAGCUUAAUUCGCACAGCAAAAUUUUAUCGCUGAACCCAUUUCUUGAUAAUGAUGGAAUCUUACGAGUCGGGGGAAGGCUUAGACAUGCAAGUAUUUCCGAGGAGCAAAAACAUCAAAUUAUUCUUCCCAGAAAACAUAGUAUCACAGAUUUAAUUGUCAAGAGCUUUCAUGAAAAUCACCUUCAUGGUAGUGUAUCACUGACUGUUUCAGCAAUCAGACAAAGGUUUUGGAUAAUCAAUUGCAGAGAAGCUGUUCGGAGAAUAAUUUGGAAAUGCAUUAAAUGCUUUAAGAAUCGCUCCAGUACUGCAACACAAAUUAUGGCCGACCUUCCCUCUGCUCGUGUAACCCCAGCUAGAGUUUUUGCAAGAACUGGAGUAGAUUUCGCGGGACCUUUUAUGACCAAGUUUAGAAAAGGAAGGGGAAUUCGACCGUUAAAGACAUACGUUUGUUUAUUCAUUUGUUUCUCAACUAAGGCCAUCCACUUGGAAACUGUAAGUGAUCUUACUUCAGAAGCAUUUCUGGCAUCACUAAAAAGAUUUGCCGCUCGCCGUGGAAAGCCGCAAGAGAUUUUUUCGGAUAGAGGAACCAACUUUAUAAAGGCGGAAAAGGAGUUGAAGGAAUUUCACAAAAAAAUUUCAUUGAAUGAAAACGUAAAUAAAUAUCUUACAGAAGAAGCAAUACAAUGGAAAUUCAACCCUCCGUCCGCUCCUCAUUUUGGAGGCCUCUGGGAGGCCGGAGUAAAACAAAUGAAAGCUCACUUGAAAAGAACUGUUGGUGCACAAGUGCUAACACAGGAAGAAUUUCUUACUCUUAUAACUCAAAUUGAAUCGUGUCUAAAUUCAAGACCGAUCGUUGCAAUUACGAGCGAUCCGAAUGAUCUUAGCCCUUUAACGCCAGGCCAUUUUAUUAUUGGAGCUCCCCUGACUGCCAUUCCGGAACCUGACACUACUGACGAGAGACUGAGUUAUACAAACAGGUGGAAGUUAACGCAACAACUUUUUCAAAGUUUCUGGAAACGUUGGCAUAAGGACUAUCUUUGCCAGUUGCAAGGACGUUCAAAAUGGACUAGAACUCAACCAAACUUGAAAAUUAAUGAUUUAGUUAUAAUUAAGGAAGAUAACACACCACCAUUAAAGUGGCGUUUGGGUAGGAUUGUUGAUUUGUUCCCAGGAUCGGAUGAAUUAGUGCGGGUAGUGAAAGUUAAAACAGCUUUAGGUGAACUUAAGAGACCAAUCUCCAAACUUGCCGUCUUACCCACAUCGGACUAA